AUGUUGUCUGCAGGGACAGCGGUCCGCCUCGCUCCGAGCUGCAGCGAGCAGCCUAGGCCACGGCGAGGCCCUUCUCCGUCGAGGCCGACCGUGCGUAAGACGGCCGGGGGAGAUCGAUUCUUUUGCGCAAACGCCCCGUGCCACGGGCGCCACUCCCCGGCCAGGGGCCUUUGGAAAGCCAAGGGCUGGAGCCAAACCGACCGUAGGUCGAAGCCUGACCUCGCCCACGUGGAGGGCCCAUGCCGUGCUCGGAGAGACUGCGAGCGGCCUCGCCCACCACCCCACCGACGACGCUUUCACAAGAGGCCCCGACGGCAGGUUCAGCCGGAAACCUCGGAGAAGAAGCCGGAGCCUGCAGCCCCACGUCUCCCCACGGAGCGCGCGGUUUUGGAGCCGAGGAACUCGGAGGGAAGGGAUUUGCCGGCGCUCCCUCCUGAGGGUCUGACUUCCUGCGGGGUUGAUCUCUUGGGAGGGAUCGAGAGGGAAAUUUUGCCCGUCCGCUCGGAGAGCGAAAAGCUCCCACCUGCUUUUCGGGCGGGAAGCGCCGUGUGCCCGGUGGCGCAUUUCCCAGCGCCUGCUUUUACGCACUAG